AUGAUACUUAGUUCGAAGCAAACAAUCCACCAAAUAUAUUCUUCUUACUAUAAUGCCUCUUCAGCGUUCAUCAUUGCAGUCUUAUUUUACAUUAUAUCGUCCUUAUUCAAGUUUAAGACCCUUAAUCCACGUUGCUCAAAUUCUGAAUCAAAGACAAAAACAAUUGUCUCUUGGACUUUUGGAUUUCUAUGCGUAAUCCUUGUCACAUUUUUGAUUACUGCACUUCAGUUCAUUUACAAUAAGUUUGGGCAAUUGGACACUGAUAUCAUUCUUUUCCAGCUUCAAGAUUUCGCUGGACAAGAGCGAGCUGAUCAGAAUGACAUGAUUUGGGUGUCAUGGUAUUUUAAGUCAAUUUUUGUUUACGCAGAACUUGCAUCCGUAGUAUUAUAUACACUUACAAUGUUCUAUCUUCCAAUGCAAGUCUCAUUGCGCAAGAAGUUCCAGAGGAAAUUAUCAUUCAAAAUUAAAUUUAAUAUUAGUGCAAAUAUCAUCCAUAUCGUCCAUGCAAUCCUUUUAGUCAACAUAGUUUUCACUGCCAUCCGCAUCCCAACACUUCGCGAAACAAAGUUUUUCGAAGAAAACUAUGUUGAUCCAAAAAUUCAAGAUGUCAUUUUCCCAGAAAAGAAGAGGAACUUAAUCGUCUUCGUUCUUGAGUCAUAUGAAAGCACAUACGCAGCCAAAGAAGCUGGCGGCUAUUUCCAGGAGACAGCAAUGCCAAACAUGCAGGCAAAUGCUUUGAACACUGAGAAAUACCUUCAUUUCAGUCAGAACGAAAAAGUCGGUGGCGCUCACCAAGUACCAGGAACAAGCUGGUCAAUAGCUGGAAUGUUCGCAAUGGAAUGUGGACUUCCUAUCAGAGUCUCCUACUCAUACAACUAUAAGCCAGAUCCAAACAAAUUCCUUCCUGGAGCACAUUGUUUGGGAGAAAUCCUCAGGGACAAUGGAUAUCAUGGCGCUGUAUUCUAUGGUACACCUGCUGAGUACCAGCGUCUUGAUGUUGCAUUUAAAUCCCACGGAGCUGAUGAAAUUUUGGAUUCCUUCAACAUUAGCACUGGUGGAUGGACAAAAGACUAUCAAACAAUUGGCUUUGCCAAGAAGCACAUUGAAAAGCUUGCCGCUUCCGGUAAACCUUUUUAUGCGAUGGUUGAUACAUUUGAUAACCACUUCAACGGCCACAUUUGCCCGCAAUGCAACUUAUCAGGCAAUAACUCAUGGCAUUGUGUUAUCAAAUGUGUUGAUAGACAGGCAAAUGAGUUCAUCAAGUGGUUUGAGAGUUCUGCUUUCUACCAUAACACCACUCUAAUAUUCCAGGGUGACCAUUUGACCCUCAAUGGACCAUUUAAUAAUGAAAUGUCCUAUAAUAAUUAUCUUCGUACAACAUAUAACCUUUAUGUUAACAGCGCAAUCAAGACAGAACACUCUAAGAACAGAAAGUUCACUAUGAUGGAUAUUUAUCCAACAAUUCUGGCUUCUAUUGGUGCAAAAAUCAGAGGAAACCGACUCGGACUCGGAACGAACCUAUUUGCUGGUGAUAAGACAAUUAUCGAGAAAUAUGGCGUUCGCCACGUUAUCAAUGAGCUGAACAAGCAGUCUGACUGGUAUGAUACGAAUAUUGCUAAGAUGGUAAAGGAACCAGUCCACGUUCAAGGAGUUGCUUCUUGGGGAACAAAAGCUGAGAGCCCAGUUUAUAUCAAUUAA